AUGACGAUCUUGGUGAACGCGGCAUUCCUGUCACUCGCAGUUGUGUCAGGCCAGAGCGUCAUCGACCCUGUGCCCCCUUGCCUGGAUGCCCCAGCAGGGUGGUCGGCCGUGCUUGGAUCGCUCACGCAAAUUUCCGUCGAUAAGUCCGUUGUAUGUGGAUUGAAUGCCCUCGGCAAGUUCAAGGUGUACUGCAGUCAGAAAAAACAACCUGCGUCGUGGUGGACGUUGCCAAACGUUGCGUUUAAACACGUGGCGGUACGUGACGGCAUCGUGUUUGGCAUCCAGACCGACGGCAAGCUCGUCACCGGCCCCGUCGGUCCCACAGCCACGUUUGUGGAAGUAUUGACCCCAUUUUGCGAAGCCUCCAAAGUCACCGUCGACGGGUCGACGGUUUGUGUGGUGACCACCCGGAAUCAAGUGUUUUGCGCGAACACAUCGGCCACCGCCGGCUUCCCCGCGUCCGUCAGGUGGCAGAGAUUGGAUGGCACGGUUACCCAACUCGCCCUCGCGGGGUCGACUCUCUAUGGCGUGAAUGGUCAGAACCAACUAUGGAGAGGCAUCGUCACCGCUGGUUCGCUCGCGUCGGGGGUGGCUAGUUGGACACUUGUGCCCACGAUUCAACUGCAGCAAGUUUCGUACGACGGAGUGCGCGUGUGCGGUGUCACACCGGUGCAAAAGGUCGUGUGCUCGUCAGCAGACGGAAAUGCGAUCAAUGGCAACGGCUCUCUAACGUGGACAACAUUGGAAGGCGAGCUGGCGCAAGUGAGUCAGUUUGGCGCGUCGCUGUACGGCGUCGACGCCGCUGGGCACAUUUUCUACCAAGAUCUACUGCCUGGUACUACUCCUACAACAACCCCCCUUACAACCCCUCGAUCGAAUGUCGCUGCUGCGUGGACUGUGGUGCCCACCCCAAACAUCGCCCUCGUGACUGUGUCGUCGUUCGGUUCGAACGUGUGCGGCACUGACAGCGCCGGUUCCAUCUACUGCAGUACCUUUGACGCCAACAACCCGUCGGUGGUCGCGUGGGUGCAACUCCAAGGAGCCCUCCAACAAGUGGUGGUGGGCGCCAAUGGAGUGCUCUACGGUGUGAAUUCUGCAAACGCCAUCUAUUACGCACCUACGUGCAGGGCUACGUCCCCAAGUUGGGUGCAGCAGUGGGGGGCCCUGAACAACAUUGCGACCGACGGCACGGUGCUAUGCGGUGUGAACCGAGGGUCGCAAGUCUACUGUGCAUGGCAAAACAUCCAGUCCAGCACCCCCAACUGGACGUUGUUGGACGGCAGUUUGAAGCAACUGGUCGUGGCCAAUGUGCACCUCACAUUGCAAUAA